AGUGGGAUCAUCUCCUCCGUCCUGACAUUCAACUACUUCCAUGAAUACUUCGGGUUCAACGAGGAUACCAAUCUUGCGGGAGCGGUGGUGUCGACUUUCACUGGCGGGUGUUUCUUCGGGGCUGCAGCUGCUGGAUGGAUGAACGAUAGAAUCGGUCGGAAACGCACCAUCCAAAUCGGAGCAAGUUGUGCUCUAUGGGGUUGUUCCAUGCAAGCAGGCGCCAACAACUUCGCCUGUUUGCUCAUUGGGAGAAUAGUAGCAGGAGUAGCGAUUGGGAUAUUAUCUAUGACAGUUCCUCUGUACAACACUGAGAUUGCUCCACCCAAAAUCCGAGGCUUUAUCGUUGGAUUGGCGCAGCAGCUGAUUGGAGUAGGGUUCAUUGUGGCUAACUGGGUCGGUUAUGGGUGCCAAUAUCUGGAUAGUAAUACACAGUGGAGAUUACCACUGGGACUUCAGCUUGUACCCGCCUUUCUACUCCUAGUGGGAACACAAUUCCUACCAUUCAGCCCUCGUUGGCUUCUUGAAGUUGGUCGUGACGAAGAAGCACGACAGGUCGUGUAUAGAUUGCACGGAACCCAAACCCCGGAAUCUCUACAGGCUGCAGAGGACGAGUUCCUAGAGAUGCAAGAGAAGAUAAAGGCAGAGUCACUCACUCGUAGCAGCAGAAUCGCCGAUUUGUUUGCCACACCAGCAACGAGGAAGAGGUCUCUUGUUGCGUGUGGCGUACAAAUAUUUGGGCAGUUUACCGGGAUCAAUGUGAUCAACUACUUCGGCCCACAGAUGUACCAGACAUUAGGUCUGGAUGCCGGGAAGACCCUCCUAGUUCAGGGCAUAUAUGGGGCCGUUGGUCCUAUAACUAAUUUCUUCUUCAUUGUCUUCGUCUUGGACCGUGUCGGUCGGAAGAAGCCCUUGCUACUAGGAGCUGGUACCUUCGUCAUCACGUUCUCUAUACUGAGUGCCAUAGUCGCAUCCUUCCCGCCUGGAGAGGGUACUACCAAUUAUGCCGCACAAAGAGCUGGUAUUGCCAUGAUAUUCCUCACUAGUAUAUUCUUUUCCUUGAGCUUUGGCCCCGUAAGCUGGGUGCUAGCAUCUGAAGUUUUCCCGACGCCUAUCCGCUCGGUCGGGACGAGCGUCGCUACAUGCUGUAACUGGGCCUUCAAUGUACUCUUCUCCCAAGUUUCGCCCAUCGCAAUGAAGAAUGUUGGUUGGAAAUUCUACAUACUCUUCGUAUGCCUCAAUGCUUUCGAUUUCCUUGUGAUUCUGUUUUUCUUCCCGGAGACCAAAGGCAAAACCUUAGAAGAAAUGGCAGUCGUGUUUGGAGACGACAUUGAUGCCCGACAGGUCCUAGACGAACACAAGUUUCCGGAUGAAAUCCGUGAUAAGCAUGAAAUCCUGCACGCAUGA